CUCGCCAAGAGUCGCAAUCGCCUACUCCAAAACAUUGAAGGACUCUUUACGGGGGUUUCGCCCGAACAAGUCCUGGAUGAUUUGCAAGAUAUUCUCUUACAAGCAGAUCUCGGAACAAAAACUGCCGAAGACAUUGUUGCCGAAGUCAAGAGUUUACGAGAGGAUUCCACCAAAAUGCUUUCCAAGGAUGACUUGAAGAGUAUUAUGAGGGGUAAACUCAUUGAAGCCCUCAAUACGGAACUUUCCGGAGCCAUCCAAUUCAGUCCUCUGGUUGACAAAACACCAACAGUUUUAUUUGUCAUGGGGGCCAAUGGAAUGGGUAAAACUACAACAAUCGGCAAACUCGCACAUCGUCUCCGCAACGAAGGCAAUCAGACCGUCCUUUUGGCUGCUUGUGAUACCUUCCGGGCUGGUGCCGUCGAACAACUCCAACAAUGGGCCGAACGGGCCCAGGUAGAUAUGGUUGGACCAUCCACAAAAGUCACGACACCGAGUGCCGUCUUGUACGCAGCUCUCGACAAGGGUAUUGCGGAAAAAUACGACACAAUUCUGGUCGAUACGUCCGGAAGAUUGAGCAAUAACGAUCAACUGACGGCCGAACUAAAGAAAAUGAAAAAGGUAAUCCAAAAACGUCUUUCACGAGAAAACGAUGAGGAAGGUAAACCCUUACCCAACCUUCAAGUACCACACGAAACAUUACUCGUUCUAGAUGCAGCGCAAGGCCGUAUGGCACUAGACUCGGCUAAAGUGUGGAACGAAGAAAUUGGAUUGUCGGGAUUAAUUCUGACAAAACUGGAUGGCAGUGCACGGGGAGGCAGCGUGGUGGCAAUUAGUCGCGAUAUACAACUUCCAGUGAAGCUGAUUGGAGUUGGGGAAGGGAUUGAAGAUUUGCGA